AUGGCCGACUCGUACGGGGAAGUCAACGGCCAAGGUCACACUAAUACCAACGGCCACAACGGCGCCAACGGCGGAACUAACGGCCACAGAGAACCCAGUAUCUAUGAGGAGCCAUUCAAUACUUAUAGAUCCCCAACUACCGAGCCGUAUGAGGGCUACGACAAAACUGGUGGGACGUUUGACCCUGUUACUGGCACCUACCCUCGUAUUUCUCGCCCUGUUGAGCUGAUUCGCCCAUCUUACGAUGUCGUUGUAAUCGGCUCGGGCUAUGGUGGCGCUGUUGCCGCCAGCCGCAUGGCUAGAGGCAAAAAGAAGGUCUGUCUACUCGAACGUGGCAAGGAGAAAUGGCCAGGAGAAUUCCCAUCAGAUAUUUUGCCAGCCAUAGGAGAGCUUCACACCACAAACGCAUCCACAGAUGGGGUGCUUGGCCGCUUGGGCAAGUACGGGACUAGAGGAGACCCCACUGGGCUAUAUCAUCUUGUCGUCGGUGAUGGCCAGAACGCCUUCGUUGGCAACGGCCUAGGUGGUACAAGUUUGUUGAAUGCCAAUGUGUUCUUGAAGGCGGAUGAUGGAGUCCUCAAUCUUCCUAUUUGGCCUACUGAACUGAGAGGUCCCGAGAAGCUCAAAGAUUAUUACAAGCGAGCUGCCGAUGUCUUGGAGCCUAAAAAGUACCCCAAGGACUUUCCAAAGCUCCACAAGCUUGAGACUCUCGAGAAGCAGGCUAAGCUUAUGGGCUGGGGGGACAAGUUUGACCGUGUGCCCCAGACGACCCGUUUUGAAGACGGAGAGAACAGCACCGGAGUUUACAUGCGCGCAUCUACAUUGUCUGGCCAAGACACUACCGGCCUGAACGACGGCAGUAAAUCCACAACACUGGUAAACUACCUCAGUGACGCCUGGAACUGGGGAGCCGAGAUGUUCUGUCAGUGCGAGGUCCGCUAUGUCACCGAAGCUCCCAAAGAAAGAGGAGGAUACAUCGUACACUUUGCAUGGCACGGUAGCAAGCGUGCAAACUUUACCAACAUCUUUUAUGAGGACCUUAUGUGGGUUCAUGCUAAGGAAUUGGUAUUCUUCGGGGCCGGUAGCCUUGGCACUACGGAGAUUCUGCUUCGAAGCCAGAAGUUUGGCUUGCAAAUGAGCGAAGACGUUGGCCACGGAAUGAGUGGCAAUGGUGACAUCUUGGCGUUUGGCUACAACACCAGUGAGUAUGUCAACGGUAUGGGCCGUCCGGAUCCCCCGCCAAACCGCCCAGUUGGUCCUUGCAUCACGGGUGUAAUUGACUGUCGUCACAACCUGGACAACCCCCUGGAUGGAUUUGUCAUUGAGGAGGGCGCUAUACCCGCGGCUCUGGCUCCGUUCUACCAGAGAAUGCUUGCCUACCUUCCAGGCAGAGUUUUUCCUCAUAACAUCUCUAUCAAGGGGGCAGUUAGCCACAUUGCUGCGGCCGCCGGUAGCCGGGUGUUUGGACCCUACUAUCCAGAAGGCAGCACAGAAAAAACCCAGUGUUACCUGAUUAUGUCCCAUGAUAGCAGCCAAGCAACGAUGCAAUUGCAUAAGGAUCGACCUUUGAUCAACUACUCCGGCGUAGGCAAGUCUCAAAGAGCCAAGAAGCUUGCGGGUUACUUGGCUAAACUUACCAAUUUGAUUGGGGGAACUUAUGUUGACAGCCCCUUUUACGCUGCAUUUGGUGAGAAGGAGAUUACUGUUCAUGCGAUUGGUGGCGCGCGUAUCAGUAACAGCGGCGAAGGCGUCAGUGGUGGUGUCAACCAUAAGGGUCAGCUCUUUGUUGGUGAAGGACCUGAAGUACACAAGGGGCUGGUUGUUUGCGACGGCACCAUCGUCCCUGCUGCUCUUGGAGUCAACCCCUUCGCGACCAUUACCGCCCUUGCUGAAAGGUCUGUUGAGAAGGUUGCUGAGGACUUUGGUAUCGAAAUCGAUUUGCAGAAGAAGAAUGUUCGAGAAAUUAUCAAGACUGCCCGAGAUGACAAAACUCCCGGCAUUGCUUUCACAGAGAUGAUGGAUGGAUGGAUACACUUUGGAGACGAUGCAAAGUCACUUGACUUUGAGAGAGCUACUGAGACUGCCAAGAGCCGUGGUGAAUACGCGCGGUUCUUCCUCAGUGCCAGAUCCUGGAACACACACAACCGUAAGCAAGACCACUACGAUUGA